GCCAGUUCGUCCCACGGACACCCUGACCAGCUGUAGUCGCCCCUCGAGCUGCAAUCCUGGCCGCCAUGGCUGACGAGAAGACCCGGACCGACGCCCCAAGCGUGGUGCAGGACACGCUAUCGACGUGCGACACCCUACCAACGCCGGCUUCGACCAAGGCAGCUGCGGAGCCCAUAUCGCGGGACUUUCUCUUCUUUCCAGUUCCGAGGUACCUUCGUCACAACCCUGAGAAGCCGGUUCGCUUUAGUCUCUCCCUUAACUGUUUGUUUGCUGUCGCGACCACUUUCAUUGUUGCAAAUAUCUAUUGGUGCCAACCGAUUUUGAUCGAGCUAUCAAUUGCGUUCGGUGUGUCAUACGACAGAGUAUCACAUAUUCCUACUUUAUUGCAGGCUGGGUAUGGUGUCGGUCUACUGUUCAUCGCGCCUCUGGGGGAUCUCAUCCGGCGUCGCCCACUUAUCCUCAUGUUAACCUUCAUCGGCUGCGCUCUUACCUUCGGUGUCGCCUUCACCGAAAGUUUUGUCGUAUUUCAAAUCAUUUCGUUUUUCAUCGGAGUCGCUACCUGCGUCCCCCAGAUCCUCAUUCCCCUUGCCGCCGAUCUAGCGCCGCCACAACGUCGAGCGACGGCGAUAUCUAUUGUCGUCUCGGGACUGCUCCUCGGUAUCCUUAUCGCACGUGUUAUCUCUGGUCUAGUUGCGCAAUUCGCCUCUUGGCGAGUGGUGUACUACCUCGCCAUCGGCGUCCAAGGCAUCAUCUUCGGAUUGCUCUACUUCCUCCUACCCGACUUUCCCGCGGUUCACAACAAGGGUGUCACAUAUUGGGGAAUCCUGUACAGCAUGGCAAAGUUUGCUGUCACGGAGCCCCUCUUGAUUCAGGCUUCACUCGUGUGUUUCGCAGCAAUGGCAUGUUUCACUAAUUUUUGGGUGACGCUGACCUUCCUGUUGGGCGGCCCUCCCUAUUUCUACUCUACGGUUGUCAUUGGCCUUUUCGGUCUGGUGGGAAUGUUCGGCGUUUUUGCCGCCCCGCUCGUCGGGCGCGUCGUCGAUAACGUCGUGCCGUGGACGGCAGCCGUCAUUUCGAACCUUGCCCUGAUUCUCUUCCAGGCGAUCCAGACUGGAGCUGGUGGGAUCAAUAUCGCCGCGGUCAUUAUCGUCUGUUUCGGCAUCGACGUCUUCCGACAGACACAGCAGGUGUCGCUCACAACCGCUGUGUUCGAAAUCGACCCGAAAGCACGGUCCCGCCUGAACUCAGUCAUCCUGAUUUGGGUUUUCGCGGGUCAGAUCAUGGGUACAUCCGUGGGCACCGAAGUCUUUGUCAAAUUUGGAUGGCGUCCUGCCGCAGCACUCUCCGUUGCUUGGUCAGGGUUCACUCUCCUUGUCAUGCUGAUUCGCGGGCCGCACUGCAGCCGCUACACAUGGUUUGGAUAUGAGGGCGGAUUCCGGUUGCGGAAGGCCGCACUCGCCGUGCCUGAGACUGUGAAGCUUGAAAAGGAGUCGGAUGUACGAACCGUUGGGCAGUCCACUAUGGAUGAGAAGAGCGCAGCAUAAAAAAUAAAAACGAGCUACUACCACUGAUUUAAUUAUGUCCCUUGUAUAAGUAUCGGGCGUAGGUUAAAAUAAUCACUUAUCC